AUGUUUAGGCAGAAAUAUCAGCUUCAGAAACACAAGAAGAGUUACAGGGAUCUGAAGCCGUACACUUGUGGUGAAUGUCAAAGGGAUUUCAGACUCCUUCAGACUACUCCUUGGGUUCCUCUUAAAGCCCUCUAUGGAGAAAAGGCAUUUUGCUGUUCUGAAUGUAGGAAACGUUUCUCACUCAGCAUGAGAGAGUUCAUAACAAAGAGCAUCUCUUCUCCUGCCCUGACUGUGGGAAAGGCUUUCACCAUGAGGACAGCCUCUGGCAACGUCUGGAGAUCCACAUUGGUGAGACAAACCACUGCUGUGCUGAAUGCAGGAAAAGGUUUACAGCGAGAGCACACCAGUGGGCACACUGGAAAGGGAGUAUACUACUGCACCGAGUGUGGAAAGAGCUUCAUAAAGAAAACACAACUUAAUGACCAUCAAAAGAUUCACACUGGAGAGAAACCAUAUUCCUGCAAAUAUUGUGAGAAGACUUUCACCCAGAAAGUUAUCCUUCAUCGACACCAAAAGACUCACACAGGGGAGAAGGUCUUCUGCUGUACAGAUUGUGGUAAAUGGCUCUCUAAGAGUAAAAACCCACAGUGGCACAGGAAGUUUCAUGCCAGGUACUGGCCUCUCUGCUGCACAGUUUACAAAACAUUUCAAGCAAAAGGGUCAGGUUCAGAUUCGCCAGAAACUUCAGAAGAAAAUGAUUGUGUUGAGUUUGGGCAGAUAUUUACAGAAAAAAGAAACUUCGGAAACACAAGCAAGUUCACAUAA